UACGCACGCACUGCCGAGCCGAGAGAUCAUCAGUGUUUUGUUGUUCAUUCGAUUGCCACAAAUUUUGCAAAUCUUCUCUUAAUCGUUAAAAUUAUAUUACUAUUUUGCCAUUACCGAAAGGAAACUGCCUGUAUCAUGACCAAAGACAAACGAAAGGCCGAGCAUGAUGGCAAACAAGUCACGGAUAAAGCCGCUGUCGGAUCCGGCAGCAGUGAUCCGGUAGGGCCAAUUGUCCGGAAGGGAGCGCUGAUGUCGUUCCGCUCGAAGAAGUUCACAAACAUCCCGAUUAAGGAUAUGUAUGGCAGAUGUCGAUAUGUGAACGCUUUCAUGAAGUGUAAUCGAGUUGGUGAAGGAACUUACGGGAUCGUAUUUCGCGCACGAGACACGGAGAACGAAGAAAUUGUUGCCCUCAAGAAGGUCCGGAUCGAUCAGGAAAUGUUCAAAGACGGUUUUCCGGUCAGUGGCCUACGCGAGAUUCAAAUUUUGAAAAACUGUAACCACGAAAACGUCGUCAAGCUAAAGGAGGUGGUUGUGGGUAACAGUUUGGAAAGCAUCUUUCUGGUGAUGGAAUUCUGCGAACAGGACUUGGCUUCCCUGCUGGACAAUAUGGAGACACCAUUCUCCGAGUCGCAAGUAAAAUGCAUUGUGAAUCAGCUGCUGAAAGGAUUGAAGUAUCUGCAUUCACAAUUCAUCAUACAUAGAGAUUUGAAGGUUUCGAAUCUGCUGCUGACUGACAAAGGCUGCUUGAAGAUUGCAGAUUUCGGAUUGGCACGAUACAUAAGCGAUUCCGAUAAACCAAUGACCCCUGGACUGGUAACUCUUUGGUAUCGUCCUCCAGAGCUACUGUUCGGAUCAAAAGUUCAGACUACAGCAGUGGACAUGUGGGCCACAGGAUGCAUUCUAGGAGAACUGUUAGCCCAUAAACCGCUUUUGCCUGGAGUGAGUGAAAUUUCUCAGAUCGAGCUCAUCAUCGAAUUGCUGGGAACUCCAUCGGAAACCAUUUGGCCAGACUUUUCAUCGUUGCCAGCGGUGCAAAAUUUCACACUCAGGUCUCAACCCUACAACAAUCUGAAACCGAAAUUUGCCUGGCUUUCCUCCGCGGGACUUCGCUUACUAAAUUUCCUCUUCAUGUACGACCCUAAGAAGCGUGCCACGGCAGAAGAGUGCCUCCAGAGCAGCUAUUUCAAAGAAGCUCCUCUGCCAUGUGAUCCCAAACUGAUGCCCACAUUCCCGCACCAUCGGGAACUGAAAAACACCGCCAAGGAACCAACGGAAAUUUCGGCUUCUACAGACCAGAUUACAAUACCAACCAUUUCCGAUCUGCUGGGUUCAUUGGUGAAGAAACGACGAACGGAAUAAACUCAAGAUCUACAGUGAAAUAACA